AAUAUUCAUUCAUUCACUUCACCGGAGAGGCGACCCGUCUAUCAAGGAAAUUCUUUCACAUUGAUUUUACAAGUUGUUUUUAUAAAUGUAUUUUCGUUAGUCAGUGUGUUGAACCAGCGGAGUUCCGCUCAUACGCAAACAAUUGAGACAGUUUAUGUGUAAUAUACUUAUAAGCCAUGUUCCUAUUAGACAUCAAUGGCCGUAUUGCUGUUUUGUCGUGCUUCAAUAAUAUGUGUUUUGUCGUGUCUGGACAUUAGAUUGUAAUGUUUCAAUCAAAUAAUGUGAUCAUGCAUAACUAUAUUUGCCGAAAGUGGUUCCUGCUGCUGUUAUUCGUGGUUUAUCGGAAGCUGGACCCUGUAGAAGGCUUAAAAUGUUACUGCGACACAUCGGGCCCCAGCUGCCAGAACGAGACCUGCGAGACUGACGGGUUCUGCUUCGCCUCCACCACGCUCAAGGACGGCCUCGAGAAAUACGAAUACCGCUGUAUGGACCGUAAAGCACUGAUACCGCCGGAGCACCCCUUCGGUUGCUCCACGACGAAGGCUAAAAAUGAGUCCGUGGUGAUACAGUGUUGUGACAGUCGUGACAUGUGCAAUCGCGAUAUGCGUCCGCAGCUGCAGCCGAAGCCGCCAGACACGACGCCCACCGCGGCGGCAUGGCAAGUGGUGCCCUGGAUCAUUGGCCUCAUGGUACUGGGCAUUUGCGCCGCCAUAAGCUUCUGGUGGGCCAAGAGGUCCCGAAAGAUGCUCAAGAGGGGCCUGGGCUCCAGGCCGCUGUUCCCCGCCGAGGACUCAAUGUGCGAGCCGAGACAUCCGAUACUGGGGGGAACGGCUACUAUCAGGGAUAUGAUUGAGUUGACGACCUCCGGAUCUGGUUCAGGUCUCCCCCUACUGGUCCAACGUUCGAUCGCCCGGCAGAUCCAACUAGUGGACAUUAUCGGCAAGGGCCGCUUCGGCGAGGUGUGGCGCGGCCGCUGGCGGGGCGAGAACGUCGCCGUGAAGAUAUUCUCGUCGCGCGAGGAGUGCUCCUGGUUCCGCGAGGCCGAGAUAUACCAGACUGUCAUGUUGCGACAUGAAAACAUACUCGGGUUCAUCGCUGCUGAUAAUAAAGACAACGGCACAUGGACACAGCUGUGGCUGAUCACCGACUACCACGAGAACGGGUCCCUAUUCGACUUCCUCACAGCGCGUACCAUCGACUCGGCCACGCUCGUCAAAAUGGCGCUCAGCGUCGCCACUGGCCUGGCGCAUCUGCACAUGGACAUCGUCGGCACUAAAGGCAAGCCAGCCAUCGCCCACCGUGAUCUCAAAUCGAAGAAUAUCCUAGUGAAGAGUAACCUCACCUGCGUGAUCGGCGACCUCGGGCUGGCGGUGCGCCACAACGUGUCCAGCGAUUCAGUGGACGUGCCGUCGACCAAUCGCGUCGGCACCAAGCGGUACAUGGCGCCGGAGGUGCUAGACGAGACGAUGGACACGCGCCAGUUCGACCCGUACAAGCGCUCGGACGUGUACUCGUUCGGGCUCGUCGUAUGGGAGAUGGCGCGACGCUGCGGCGCGCUGCCCGACGAAUACCAGCCGCCGUACCACGACUGUGUGCCGCCCGACCCUACCCUCGAGGACAUGAGGAGGGUCGUGUGCCUGGAGCGCCGGCGGCCCAGCGUGCCCAACCGGUGGCACUCGGACCCGAUCCUCUCCUCAAUCUCGAAGGUGAUGAAGGAGUGUUGGUACCAGAACCCGGCCGCGCGGCUCACGGCGCUGCGCAUCAAGAAGACCCUCGCCAACAUCGGCGCGGGCGACCUCGGCAAGAUGUAGACCGAACGGACGGAUUGGACGGCUUUUGGUCAGGUUACUCUGUAAUCACCACGUUUCACGCAAAAAUAUUGCUUACCCGGUGGUCAAUAUGGACGAUUUCUGAAUGUAUUUGAUUGACAAUCGAUGUAACUUUUUGCGAAGGAUGACUUACGUUAGUUACAUAUAGGAGGUGUAGCAAGAAACGCACUAGAGGUUACUAUGCCAAAUCUGGUGUGCAUGAACUAAGCAAUAGAUAUAUUUGUGAAAUGCUUUCGCACAUUUAACUUGACUGUUGUUAUGAUACGUUUAUUUCAUUCACGCCAGCUUUGGUCCACACGCAAAGCAUUCUUAUAAAACAAUAAAGUAAGAACUAUAAAAUAAUGUUUGUCAUAUAAUGUGCGUUUUCAAUAACUAUAUCCUAGCUUACACCUCUAAGGCCUACUUGCACCAUUCAACUAACCUGGGGUUAACCGCUUAAACCUGGAGUUGUCAUGGUUACCAGUACAAUAUGACACUAGGUUAACGGUUUAACCGCUUAAUCCCGAUUUAGUGGGAUGGUGCAAGUGGGCCUAAGUAACUUACGUGGUGGUUAUAAGACGCCAAUUGUAUAAAGAUAGUAGAAUAUUAACAGCGCAGUGCGAAUUUAAAAAGUGUCAUGGACUAAGAAACUUGUGUUCGUGGUGCUUUGUUAAUAUGUACGACUGAAUAGUGGGAACGAGUCAUUGUAGUAGUAAGGAAAAGGGACGCUUGGCGUAGUGCGUUGGGGUUCUGGUUAUUAAAUAUCGUGCAAUAGAGUUCUUGGUGCAAAAUUUCCAUUCUAAAUUCGACUCUUGCAACGAGAUAUUUUUAUAUCUGCAUUAGAUUUACUACUUCACGCUGGUGAUGAAGAAUUGAUACUAUUUGACCUAAUUGUAACUAUUUCUUCAAAAAUGUACAAUUAUGUAUAUAAUUCGAACUGUAUGCAGCCUUAUGGCGGAAUCUCGAAUUAUCUGUGGAAUAUCGCAAAUAUUGCAAACAUAGGUAAUUUUUAUUUGAACCUGUGCGACGUUUUUCUAGCUUGGCGAAUAUUUACAUCUAAUACAAAAUGAGAUUAGUACCAGAACUCUACUGCAACUAAGAGUUCAAUCGGUUGAAUGUUAUGUUUUUAUAAAGACCAGGCGCACGCAGAAGUGAAAUAUACUUUGAUUCUAGCGAUACAGAUGUAGUGCAUAAAUGUUUACCAUCGUAUUUUCACUUAAACGUAGGUACGAACGUGUCACGCUAUUUCAGUUAGUCUUAGCACUUACGUACGUACUUAGACUUACAAGGAAGCGUACCCAACUUUAUUACAUUUAUUUAUUAUAUAUAUAUAUUAUUUUUAUAUAUAAAAAAUGAGUUUGUGGUGAAAUGACAAAACACGUCCCCAUUCUUUAUUCAUGUUCUCCGACAUAUAACGAAACCAGUAAUUAAUUAUCAUUUUUUUGAAAAAAGUUUUUCUCAGAAAUUAGAAGUCAAUUUGUUUUGUCAGUUUCAGUCAGUUUGGUCAAUUUUCAGUACUUUGAAGGCCAUUUUCUCCUAACAGGUUGAGUUUGGGCUGCUAAAAAAAAAUACGUGUCCGUUAUUUUAGACUACUCUAUAACAUAUAUCAAAAUAAAUCAAAUCGGAGUCGGACAGUUGGGUACCCUUCCUUGUUAGUAGCAUGAGAAAUGCGAACGUUUCCGAGAAAAACUAUGGAAAACACUUAUACACUACAUCUGUACAUGCGUAUUGAGACGUUUUAAUUCUAGAUGUUUCUAUGUUCUAUAAGUAAAUAUUUGAAGGUAUUCAUGUACCUGAUGCCUGCGUUUGCGUGCGUCUAAGUGUUGCGCUGUCGCCUUACGAUACACCUUGCGAUUUCAUCUAGUUAUCGGUAGGGUUUUAUCUUGUAAUUGUACAAUAUUUGUGCUGAGUGUCUAACGUAGAUAAAAACAGACGUUAGAAGGGUAAGAUAUAUGCGUCAUAAGAGAUAAAUACAUGUUUAAUGUUUGUCUCAGUGCAUAUCUUAAGUCAAAGGAGAUACACGAACGGCAAUGUGUAUCAUGAGACGUAAGCCCAGUUCGGCCCCGCCGAAUUGUCCUGACCCCUACCUCUUAGAUUUAUAUUAUUAAAUAUAAUAAUAUCAGAAAGGAGCAUUUAAUAAAUACGUUAUACGGACUUCAUGUAGUGAUAUUAUUUUGUUACCAACAACGUAGUUUUUAUUUGUUAAGGCUAUCCUGUUUUAUGAGUUUUUAUCGUAAUCUUUGUAAAAAGCUUUUUUUUAUUUUUCCUGUGAUAUUUGCGUGUUGUUUCCGAGUGUAUAUAAUAAGUAGGGACCCAUAUAACGCGUCGAGCAGCGAAUGUGAUUAAGGGAUUGAGGGAUUGCAAAGUACACAUACAAUAGUAAGAAAACUUAGUUACAAUCGGUUAUUAUUUUAGUAACUACGUCGUGUUGGCGCGUUAUGUGAGUGACCGUGCUGUACCUAUCCGUGUUUGUUACCACGAUUGGUAAUUUUCGCUUUCGGGUGAUUAAGAAUUAUUAAGUGGAGCUACUUGUUCACGAGUAACAUGUAGCCUUUGGGCAGUGGUUGUACAGUCGCCAUCAGAUAUAUCGGAGCGGCCAAGGUGUUCACAAUAUCUGAACACGCACUCUAACGCCCUGACAAUAGAGGCGUGCUCAGAUAUUUGUGAGCACCUUGGCCGCUCCGAUAUAUAUGAUGGCGACUGUACUCAGAAUACAAAGUACAUACAUACAUAAGCUAGCGAAAAUUACGACUCGUAAUGCGUUUCAUUUCAAAUAUAAUUCUAUACCAAAUCUAUUGCUGCGUUAUGCCAGGGUGAACGGAGCGUCACAAUUUGUUGGCUUUAAGAAAUAUUAAGAUAAAUAGGUCCACGGUUGAUCUCUUUAAUACUCUACCGACUAAGUUACAACGCAUGAAAUUUAUUUAUUUAUUAAAAAAACUCAUGAAAAAAUAUUGAAAGUUAUUCAAACGAUAUUCUUUGUGUUUUAUGAAGUCAUUAAUGAUCUCUCAUAGUAGGUAUGUACUAGCUAAAAAUUAUUCGACUGUAAUAGGGCUUUUAAAAUAAAACCGUCUUCACAGCUUUGGCGCAUUGAAAAACAGCUUCCAAUGUUUGCGUUCUAAUGCAUUUGUUUUUCUUACACAUGUCAGAAACAACGCAUGUUAAAAAGGGACGGAUGUAUAGGAACGCGAUUACUUUGAUUCGCUGUCGACGCUCCCUUCACCCUCGUAGUCUCGCACUUUAUUCGAUGCAGGAGCGUUUUCAAAAUAGAAACUUAUAUGAGUUAUAUGUUACUAGCGAUCCGCCCCGGUUUUGCACGGGUUAGCAAAUUAUACACCUAAACCUUACUCGAGAAUCACUCUAAUGAUAGGUGAAAACCGCAUGAAAAUCCGUUCAGUAGUUUUUGAGUUUAUGGCGAACAAACACGCAAACAGACAGACGCGGCGGGGGACUUUGUUUUAUAAUGUGUAAAGAUAUCUGAUAAAACAUUUGCAACUAUGUAUUACAAAGUUUAUAUUGCAUUUUCAUACAAAGUCAGUCUUCCAUUUUGGGGUAAAAGAAAAUCAUUAAGGUCGCUGAUAAUCAAUGGACUGAGAACUGAGACCAUUUGUGUAUGGUAGAAACACGUUGGCGAUGUCGUGGGAAAACAUACAUGAUCGUAGCUAGAGAGAGCAAACAUUUUUAGAAAAGUGAAUGAGAUUGCGUUUACCACAGAAUUUUCAUGAAAUACAGAUCUAGUGUUUAAUUGUUUUCCAUCGUUUUUUCACGGAAAGUUACGAACGUGUCUUGCUAUUUCAGUCAGUUUCGGUACAAAGAGUACUGAAGAAGUAACAUGACAAAUACGAACGUUUCCGAGAAAAUAGAAUGGAAAACAAUUAUGCACUACAACAUCGAUCGAAAAAGAUAUAUUAUAAUAUAAAGGCGUGUACACAACAUUUUGGAAUUCCUUUAAAAGGUUUUUCGUAUUAAUCUGGGUGUUUAUUUAGUAUGAAAUUACUAUUGAACCUGACAAUCGAUAAGGUAAGCUUGGGCGAGAAUAUGAUAGUGAUGGUGAUUGCAGAUACAUUGGGUAUUUGUAGGGGGGGGGGGGGGAUGGAAGAGAUAUGAUGAUGAUUAAACUUGUUUUUAUGAUGUACAAUCUGUACAUAUCUAAAUUGAUAAAAAUAUUAGUUAUUAAUUCUUACCCCCGAAAUCAGUCACCUUUUUUACUUUGUCUUCCAAUUAUAAUUAUAAAAAAAAAACUUUUUUUAUAUAUAUUUUAUAUGGAAUGAACUGGGUAAAGCGGGGAAGCCGCCUAGUCGGUAUUAUCGGUGUGGUGCUAUUGCUUUCAAAGCAAAUAUUGAUAGUAGGGUCUCAAAUGUAUCAAAAUAUGUAUAGUGAAGAUUUUCUUUUUAUUUUAGUUCGAGAUGUUAAAAGGUCCUCUAGACUAGAGCAAUUUUUUACAAGGGUCAUAUAGGCGAACAGUUUGCCAUUGCCAUUCGUUAGGUUUAACGGAGGGUGGAGACAGAUUGAUUACUUUAUCUCAAUAAAUUAUGUAUGACGUAUAUUUCCGUUUAAAGCUGUUCAGUUGUGGACAGUAAACGUCCCAGUGAUAUCCUAGUUCCAACAAUGAGGUAGUUUUAACCAUUUGACCGCGAGUGACGUCGACAGACUCGCACGCUUAGAGUGAAACACAGACAAAACAUCCUCCAGACUUAGCAUAGUCGCGCUACCCCCUCUGCCACGCAUACGAUAAUUUUACUCCAUGUUUGAGUCGAAAGUGUCUUGGUGUGACGUCCGUGUCUUUGAACGGACCAAUCACGGCACGGCAGUUCGUAAAUUCGUGACGUUCGUAAGUUUCCGUGAAAAUACGAUGGAAAAGAAUUAUGUACGAGUGUUACAUUUGUAUAUUAAGGUAAUUAAUCGCCACGAAAACAUAGUAAUUAGUGAAACACGCUCCUGCUCGAGUUCAGUGCAUUUUAAAUUGUUAAAAUGACAAAUUGUCCUCGUAAGCUUCUAUCAGUUAUGUUCAGUCUAUAUUCUAUCAUACUGCGUGUAAACAACGCUGAUGUUAAAAGUUUAAGUUUUGAGAAAAUACAGUUACUAAAAUACUCAUACGUUUCUUGCAAUAAUUUCACUUUAGAGUAUAAAAAAACCAAAGCUAGUAAUCAGAUCUUAUAAACUCAUUUUUAAAACGAUUCUAUAUGGAUAGUUAUUUAUACGUCAUAAUUUCAUAGAAGUUUGACGUUUAAAAUAACACUUGCACUGCGUGUGCUAUCAAAAUCGUCGCAGACCUAUCUCGGCCUGAUUCUGUCUAGACACAAACUUUUAACAUUACGGUUUACACGUUUUGUAUUAACCUCUAGCCACCCAGAGACCUAUAAAAAGGUCUCUUAUUCCAUUCUAAUUAGAACUUUCUGUUGACAAAAUAAAAUUUCUUUUUGCUUGGCAAGGUUUAAUUAUAAAGGCUAGAGGUUAAUUAUAAAGAUUUAUUUUGUAAUUUAGGACCCAGUUAGAGUAAGCUGAGGUGAGAGAUCAAAAUUAAUUUAGCAAAGCACGUAUUUUUAAUACCUAUUCUAAAUAAUAAUCUUAUAAAACAUUUGGAAUAUGUAUUCGGCCGCGUAGGCAUCUGCCGUACCGUGUACUUUUGCAAUUAGUCUUGUUACGCUGAAUGUUCAUAUUCGUCAUAUUAGGGCUUAAUUCAUACUUACAGAAGUCAAUUUUUGUGUUCUGUGCAAAACUUUGUUCACGGAACACUUAUUUUUAAUUGAAGGGAUGUUUACAAAAACAACAUAACUGACUACACUGGUUGACACCUGAAACGAUUAACAAUGUUCUUAAAAAAGUGGCAACCGCUCUAAGCAGUUAUGUUGUUUUUUAAACAUCCCUUCAAUUUAAUACCAUAAUAAAAUUACAGUAAAAAGUUUUUUAGAAAUUAUUUCUUGAAUGGGUCGCUACUUGAUAUUUCGCAAACAUGAGAUUGCUAUGGUGGGGCAUUCCAUGAAAUCGUCUACCAUUUGUCCCGUACAAACGCGAAUUUUCUGAAGAUUUGCAGGUAUAAGAGUUUCUUUUUUAUGACAAAUAGUCAAAAAUAUGCACAGACAAAUAAUCGAUCGCUUUAAAUGCCGAAAAAAAAGUCGCAACACAGGAAAUAAAAUGCGUUUGUACGGGACAGCCCGUGGAAUGCUCCUGGUACGGUAUGGUAGGUUUACACGCGGCCAUAGAGGCAGCCCUCUUUAUACGAUCUAUUAUACCUACGCGUAAGAUUUUGUAAGCACGUAGAUUUCGUACAUAAUGCAUAACUUGUACAUUUUGUAGACAUUGAGAUAAUUUAUUUUUUGUUUUAUUUUUUUAUUGAUACCGUUGUGGCGGACAUACUUUUAACACGGAACGAAGCGGCCUGUUGUAUAAAAAAAGAGUUAAAGUAACAAAAUAAACAUAAGAAGAAAAACUUCUGCGGAUGCCGCAAAAUAUUUCAUUCUGUUCCACUGGUGGGAUUUGCGUAUGCAUUAAUUUUGCAACACUUCAUAUAAUAUACGUUAUUUUUCUUAAGUUUUUGUUUAUUUUAACUUGAUAAUUGGAAGGCUUUUUCAUAUGCGUCUCACCUGGAGUUAAAAUAAUUAUUAAAUUAACGACUGCGCUAAAAUAAUUAGUUUUUGCAUUUACUUAAAGUUUUUAUAAAAACGCUACUGUUGCCAACCGUUGCCCACCUCUGGUUGUUCGUACCUUUUACUUUACUUUUAUUUAUUAUAUCAAUAUUCUCGAAACGCGUAUGAAAUUGCUCCGAUUAAUCGUAUUUUGGAACAGGAAGGAGAAAAGUGAUUUGUUUUAAAGUUCACUUCUGUAUAAAUAGUUGUUAAUUUGAGAUUUUGUUUUAGUUUUUAAAUAUGCUAAGGAGUAAUUAAGCGUAGUGAAAAGAAAAUGACGUAAAUAUGUUAGUUUAGUGGCCAUUUUCUUUUUACUGUGAUCAUAUGUAUCACAUCACAGUCAGUAACGGGACAACCUGUGAAAGGCCGCUAGAGACUGACAUUGUACAAGUAUACAGGAAUGCUUCCUCAUCGACCACACUGCCCAUGCAACCAACAAUCCUAUUAUGUAAAAUUUAAUAUGACAGAAAAUGAACACAGGGUUUAUAGAGUUGAGAAGUCAAAAAAUGACGCUUCACUGAAACACUAAUCCAACUAGGUUUUCUUUGUCGCGUAUUUUUUGUCGUACGAACUAGGACGUAAAAACUAACAAGGUAACUACUGUUUUUGUUCCCUUAUUUAUUCAGACUAAUAAAAGUAAAUAAAAAAAUACGUCCUAAACUCCAUAAAGUAUGUAGAACUUGGAUCCAUAAACAUUUUGAGCGCCAUUGACUCGCUUUUCUGAACAAUUCAAACGAUGUGAACUCUGAUUCUAUCGCUUAUGGUCUGUUACACGUCAUUUGUGUUCGAUGGUUCUAGAUUCGGGAAAAUGAGGGUAGAGUCUAGAAAAUAGCACCAAAUAAAAAAAAAUCGUGCGAAGCCGAUAAACUGAUUUGGAUGAAAUAAUAUAUUCGAACUAAAUUGUACCAUCGCCCAUACUGUUAACUGACAGUUCGUAAACCUUAUUACAAAAGGCAUAAGGUCCACCGAUGGUCAGUUAAGAGUGUUCCUGUUUAUAUGCGUCAUUUACUUUUGACAGGCCGGCCAGACUCUUCAAAAUAUUGUUGCCAUUUAAUAAGCUAAGGCACUGGUCCCACCGCGAGCUAGUAAGCUAUGAGCUAUCGGCUAUAAAUACGAACAAAAGAUAAGCACUCCCGCGAGUAACUAUGAAUAUCGCCGUGUCUCUUUUAUUUACACGGGAGUGCUUAUCUUUUGUUCGUGUUUAUAGCCGAUAGCUCAUAGCUUACUAGCUCGCGGUGGGACCAGUGCCUAAGUCACUACUUUCGUUAGCCCGAAUCUACGAGUACACAAUUGGCUUAAACUUUUUUGGCAAGAUAUAAGGCCUACUAAUGGUCACUGUCUUAGUCCGUGUAAACACAUAUACUUUGUGCUGUGAUUUAUCUUACACUCUUGACUCUUGUCUCCGAGGUGUUGAAUUUUCCGUAGGUGGCCCACUGGCAUUUCUUUUGUCGCGUUUCGUGGAAAAUCAAAUGAUAUAAGAUCCUAAUCAAUUAUGAAUAUCGACUCCCACAACAUGUUUUAAAUAUCUAUAUUGUAAAGAUUACCACCGGCGUUGUGGGCCCAAAGUAUUAAAUUCAUACAACCAGCUAUAAAAUUGUAAUAAGCUAUAACCUCGCGCUUAAUAUAACAUAGCUACAAAAUAAUACCGACUGAAAGCUGUCCACAUACAAUACAUAAAAUGUAGCGAGCUGUUGUAAAGUUUCCAUACACUCAUGCUCAGUUUUAUACAAGGCGCAUCCUGUUGUGUGUCUAAUCGUUCGAUGUUGAACUGUAUGUAUGUGUCAUGUAUUAAAUAAUAAUAUGACUGUUAUGAAUAACGUGACACUAUGAAGGUCUCUAGAUUUCUCAAGCGGGUGGCAGUGGUGAGACCCGAUGUAUAUGCCAAACAAGCGUUUGUAAGAAACCAAUCAAUGUUAUUAAUAUGCUGUAAAUAUUGUAUUUUAAAUGCGCUACUAUUGGCUAUGUGCAAAAAAGUGAAAUCCAGGCAUAAAAGACAUAAAAACCGGGCAAGUGCGAGUCGGACUCGCGCACGAAGGGUUCCGUACCAUAAAGCAAAAAAACCACGCCCGACGUUGCUUAACUUUGGUCAAAAAUCACGUUUGCUGUAUGGGAGCCCCACUUAAAUCUUUAUUUUAUUCUGUUUUUAGUAUUUGUUGUUAUAGCGGCAACAGAAAUACAUCAUCUGUGAAAAUUUCAACUGUCUAGCUAUCACGGUUCGUGAGAUACAGGCUGGUGACAGACAGACGGACGGACGGACAGCGAAGUCUUAGUAAUAGGGUCCCGUUUUACCCUUUGGGUACGGAACCCUAAAAAUAAGUCUUCUUUGAUUUGAAUUGGCAUAACGUGACAUAAAGUAAAUCGCCAUGCGAAAAACAAUUAACAUACAAGUCAAUUUAUGAAUAUUCAGUGCGAAAAGUUCUAAAAAGUCUAUUUCUGACAAAUACUUUAUGUACAGGUUACAGGCUUAAUAGGUACAUGCACAUAGCCGAUAGUAAAGUGUUACAUUUGAUGAUUCAAACCCGAACACCUCAAGUGGCGCCUUAACAAAUUUAUGGACCAUCAUCAUUGGCUUCCUCCGAUUGCAGAAACCUUGUACAGUCGCCCUCAGAUAUAUCGGAGCGGCCAAGGUGCUCACAAAUAUCUGAGCACGCCUCUAUUGUCAAGGAGUGAGAGUGCUUGUUCAGAUAUUGUGAACACCUUGACCGCUCCGAUAUAUCUGAUGGCGACUGUACUAUACUAUACUUUUACUGUCGUUUAUAACUAUAAUUUAUAAGAGAUAAAAUUAUAUAAGAUGCUAGACUUAUAUAAGGUAAAGUUCAAAUAUUAAAUCAAUGUACAAUGAUCAAACGAUUUGUUUGUAAUCUGACGAGCAAUACCAAGAGUACAAGAGUUUUACUUAAUUCUGCAAUAAGGCGCGGCCGCGGCAUAUCGCAUAUCACACUUCGAGUUACGGUUAUUUAUUCCAAAUACUUGUAAUGAUAAUUUUAAAGUACCUACAUACGAUUACUUUAUUACCCUGCCUAAGUUUUAUUCAUUGGUUAUGGAGUGGACUAAUUAAUUUAAUAUAAUAAAUAAAACAAGUGUUUUUAUA